AUCAUAGGUCAAAGGCGCACAUACCUUUUUACAACAUUCGUCCACUGUCCAAUAGAAGGUUUAAGAUGAAAAUACAAUGCCGAUCCAAUGCAGUGUGGUACAGUUUGAUUUGCUGGGGGGUUUUAUUAUGUUUUGUCUAUUACCAGCAUCACAAUUUCUCCAAUCAAAUUACAAGUACAAAGCAGAAUUUUAAGAAAUUUGAUACAGUACAAAAAAUUCCGAGACAAGUACUAUUACCUCCACAAGAGGAACAUCAACACACAGGAAAAAAAGAUAAACGGUAUUCACAGGUAAAGCAAGAUGAAGUUGUUUUUGAAAUUCUUCGAAAGGAAAGAGGAUUUUUUGUUGAUAUCGGAGCCCAUGAUGGAGAAUUUUUGUCAAAUACUCUUUGGCUGGAGAGACAACAUGGUUGGACUGGUCUGUUGAUCGAGGGGAAUCCUGAGUUCUGUGAAAAGAUAGACAAGUUGAAAAGAAACGCAUGGAGAUUAUGCGCUUGUUUAGCAAGAAAUCAACAAAAUAUGUCAUUUAUAAAAGGUGGUAAUGUAGGGGGAGUUGCAGAGCACAUUAAUGAAUAUCACAUGAAAAUGCUUGACCGAAAAAACACUAUAACUGUUCCUUGCUUCAGUUUGGAGGAAGUUUUGGACACAAUAGGAGUCCAUCAUAUUGAUUUUUAUUCACUAGACGUAGAAGGAGCGGAAAUGGCUAUUUUACAAUCUAUGAAACCUGGACUUAAAUCUCGUGUCUUUACUGUUGAUGUAUGGUCCAUUGAAUACAGAGUGUGGGAUGGUCAUCAAAUAGUAGUUGACGAAUCGAAAAAAAAUCUUAAAGCUUUGAGAGACUACUUUAAAGAAAUUGGUGGGUAUUUUGAGCAUUCACAGCUGUCAACAGAUUCAAAUAAUUCGGAUGGUUAUGCUCUUGACGUAGUAUUUGUUCGCACAGAUGUAUGGUGCAAAUCGCGAGAAAAAUUGCCAGAUGGUACUCACUGUCCAUGAAUGUAGAACAUUUAUCGUCAAUCACAUAGUCAAAAUGAAUGCAUCCAUUCCAAUACUCAAAAUCACUUUGUAGUAAAAUGUUAAACAAGGAAAAAGAAUUCGAGUGUGUUCAUGAUGCAUAGUUCCUUUAAAAUCAAAAUAAAUCCUGUUGAUUUUGUGUUAGACUAA